GAAUUGAUUAAUCGCACACGGCGACCGUAUGCAAAUAUUUAGCAAGUGUUUUGCGGCUAUCCAACAACUUCAUUGAGAGUGCAAUUAAAAAAGUAGAAAUAAAGUAAAAUUAAUAAAAAAAAAAACAUCGAGAAACAAAACAAUUAAUGUGCCGCACAUUGCCACUCAAAUUCAAUUAAACCCGUUUCUUAAUUCAGUUAGCAAAAUCGAUUUGCAACGGCAGCACAGCGACAUGCUGAGCCGGGCGACCAGCACGCGGCGACCAGUCAGACAACGGCGGCACAUACGUGCAACGCGUAAUUGCAACGCAUUAGUGGCGCUUUAAGCUAACUGCUCAAAUGUGGCUCCAAAUUUAAAACGUAACAUGUGUUAAAACAAACCCGUGCGAUUUUAUAAUAGCUGCCGCGACACGCUUAAUCAGCUUGCCGCCUUGCAUUGCAACCAUUAGUGGCAACGCGACGCUAAACUAUAACAAAGUCGUUAAAAAACAGUAAAAAACAAAUAUUCAAAAUUGAACACUUAUACCGCAAAGAAAUUUAAAUUAAAAAAAUUAAGUCAGCCAAGCUUAUUAAAAUGAGUCGCACGCACAUCUCGUCCGGCAUAAUGAGCCGCAUGCGGGUUUUCGAAAGCACAGAUUCUUCAGCUUCCAUCACUGACAGUCCGACGAAACGCUCAACAACAGCAACAACUGCGGCAACAUCUUCACAACAUUCCCCAAUAAUAUUGACAGCGGCAUUGUCAUCGUCAACGUCGACGUCGGAGAAGAUUGUGCUACGGGAACCUGAAUCCAUACCGACCGUUGGGCCAGAGUGGUUUGAGCAUAAGCGGCAAGCGAUUAGUAGUGCACUUGCAGCGAACGAACGCACCACAACAACAAUAACAAUGAUGAUGUCGUCGCCACCGCCGGGAGUACAAAAAGAUGCGGACGGACUCAUACUGCCCAGGAAGUUGAUAAAUCCCUGUUUGGAAUCAAAUGAACGGCAGCAGCUGCAUCGAGAGCUGAAAUUCAACAACAAAAUGGGCAAAAGUGUGCUAAAUCAGAAAUCCGAACUGCAGCGCGCCUACGAGAAGCAGCGCGAACGGCAACAACGCCAACAGCAUCAGGAGGAUCUCUCACCCACCGCCGGCCUUAAAGCUGAACUGAAUCGUGUGAUAAUGGAGCGUGCCCAAAAGCACGAGCGCCAGGAGGGCGGCGAAGAUGAGGAGGAUAAGCAAUAUGUGAAUCCGGAAUAUUUAAAUGCGCGAGCGAAACUGCGCCAGCAACGGGCGAGCGAGCUAAAAUAGAUGGGGGUGAUGGGAGGUAGGGAGUAAAAACCAAAAAUACGAACAACAAUACAGCACCCGCGCAUUCAACAUCAACAAAAAUAAGAGAAUAUACACUUCAAACGCCCUUUUAGUUGCAUAACCUACUAAUUUUUAUUGCUUUACAAAUAGGUUUACCGUUUUCUUUUUUAAGUCUACUAAACGGCGUGUAAAAUAACCUAAAAUUUUUGUUGAAUUUGGCUUUGGGUCGAAAUGAUAGGGAGACAUUUUGUUAUUGUAGUUUGCAUAGAUUUUGAGUUAUCGCACAUCACUUUUUGAAACAACACUUUUUAGCGUAAAAUAUUCAAAUAUUCGUUAAUUCGCUUUAGUAAACAUUUUAGAUGUAUUUGUUUGGUUAUGUCUGUCUCAUAUCUCAAUAUUGUAAAUUAGCGUAAUUUUGUUUUUAUUGUUGUGAAGCUAAAAUGUAAACUCCACGGGAGUUUCUAUAGUAUUUGUGUGCUCCUCAAAUUUUAUUUGUUAUAAUGAUUGAAUAUCGAGUACUCGAGAUAAAUAUUUUUAGAAGUUAUAUCAUUUCUUUACACAACUUUUUAAAAUUCGAGACAAGUUUUCAUGCUUUCAGACACAUAUGACACUGCAAUUGAAACCGUUAUCUAAUCCGUUCGUUCGAAUCUCUUUUCAAGCACUUACUUUUCAACUUCACAAGCCCACAAAUGUGCUAUCAAUCAACCGCGUAUUUAAUUAUAUGACGAAUGGCGAAAUUUAAAUGAAGAAAUGAUAUUAUUUUUAUACAUGAAAACCCAUUUAACAUAACUGUAUUUGUAAUAAUAAUUAAUAAUAUAUAAUUGUACUGUAUUGUAUUGUAUUUGUAGCGAAACUCUAACGUAAAAACCCUUUAACAAAAUCCACUCUAUAAGCAACAAGGAAACUCAUAACCCUGUGUUGAACCUCAAACGAAAACAAAAAAGAAAUAAAAAACAAAAAAUUAAAUAAGUUAAAUAACGAGAAACUGUUAAAAGAGACUACCUUAAUGAUUAUAAUAAUUACUCAUAUUGACUUAACUUACGUGUGUAUAAAGCAAAAAUGUGAAAUUAUAACCGAUAAAAAUAACUGUAAAUGUUAAAUGCAAUGGAAAGGUCUGACAAGCGAAACAGGGAGGUAAAAUAUACUAAAUAAAUACAUGAAUAAAAGAAAAACAAUAUUUAAAAUAAAGUGUAAAGGGAAAUAUAAAAUCGUUAGCAGUUCUUUAAAACAAAAACAAAACCAAUAAUUAUAUGAAACGUAGAUAAUACUUAUAAAAAUAGUUUUAAAUAAAUUCUAUUGUAGUAAAAAGUUAAAA